CGCUGGGGUCCUAACAUGACAGGGCAAGUUUCAAACUAUCGGCGGGAGAAACUGUUUCAAGCUUCUUUCAUUAUUUUAUCGUUUUUUUUUUUGUGUGACUAAUUUUAAUUACAAAUAUUAAUUUUAUAUUCCCAGUUAUAUCUAAGCAUCCCAGAAUAUCAUAAGAAAAGUAUGUGAGCGCUAUUUUAUCAACAAUCCUGCUUUGUGUUUUGAUUUGGGCUUUUCUUCAGCUGCACCAACUGCUUCUGUCACAAACACCACUUUCUCUUUGAAUCUUUGCAGUGUUUCAUCAGAAUGCAGUCCUCUAAAUUUGUGGUCAAGUGUGGGAAAUUCGCCGUGCUAGUGGAUCUUCACAUACUACCCUUAGGCAGCCAAGACAAUGCCAGCUGGUUCUCUCUAGAGCACAGGAAGGAAGUCGGCUCUCUGAUAAGAGAUGCAUUAGAGCCGAGGGUGAGGCAGUUUCAAGAGGCCAAAUACCAGAAGAUCCAGCCCAAACCGAGGAAGGAUUUCACCCUGACUGCCCCGCUUUGUCUUGAAGGUGGGAAUGUUCGUCUGGCGGUGCACUUCAUGAAACGACACGUCAACUUGAGAUGCGUUGUCAGGCAGCACUACAGAGAGUUGCGUGUGUUUCCCGAGCGUGUUGUAGUGUGUGCCAGUCCUCCAGAGAAUUCUGCACUUCCCAAUGGAAAUCUGAACCUGGAUGUGAGUGAACAAAGCCAGUCAAAGUAUUUUUCUAGCUCUGGAGAGACCAAAGAUCCAUUACCCAGCUCCACAGCAACAAAAAGAGCUGUCCUUCAGAAGAUUGCCAGGCAGGCUAAUGUCCAACCCCGACAACGCCAAGAUGAUCAAGAGUCCAAAUCAGCCCAAUUGCAAGUGGAUGAAGCACAGAAGGGGUCUGCCGAAACAUGUCAUCCUGGUCUCGUAUUGUUCACGGGUGAGUCAUUGGAGGAAGGGAAAGUCGUGUUGUCAUCUAACGAUAAAGAGGUCACUGAACCACAUCUUGAUGCUACCGGUCCGAAGAGACGACCACGAACCCCAAGCAGCUCAGGAGAGGACGUUGACCAUCAAAAGACAAAAAGAUUGCGCCUUGGAGAUCCUGCAGUGUUGAGUGAUUCCAACAAACUCUCUUCCGGCAUUGCCGCACCAGACGUUUGCAGUCCCCAGCCUGAGAUUUCACAGACUAACCAAAGCGGGCUGGCCACAAGUCUGAGAGGCCUAUCCGUCAAGCCCGUAUCCUCUGGCUCUUCUAUUAGUUCCAGAUUGGCCGCCAGAGAGGGAAGAAAGGGGGGCGAGCCCAGAACAUCCCGAUUACGCCGGCUCAAGAAGUCCUGAGGGGCGCAGCGGCAUAGAACGAGAGGAUAUCUGACGCCACCACGAUGGAUGUUACAGUACACACUUCUACCGUAAUGCUGUCUGUCAGCGGCGGUUGCACAAGAAUUCACCACACACAGUCUUUACACUAUUUCCCUUUUGCCUUUAAAGUAAGAAAACACAAACUACUUAAUAGUUUGUAUUAGAUUACCAAGAACCUCUCAAAUAUUUGAAUAGGCUUCAUUAGCAGUAGCUCAAAAGGAACUCAUGCAAACAAUAACUUUGCUCUAAACAAAAACACAAAUGUAGUUCGCUUUUUUUUUUUUUGCACAAGAUUUGUAUUUCAGACUAACGGGAGCCACCGAGCACACUGUGGCUUCAAGCCCAAAUCUCUGGCUCCAUUCGUCUGAAAUCUCCACUCUUCCAGCUUCAGCUGAGCACAUGAUUGAUUUCGCUGUGUUUUCACAUACACCGCGUUCCUUAAGUGAUCAGGGGUUUUCACCGUUGGAGCCGACUGCCGUCUCCCUGCGGUUAUUAUUUGUAAAUGUGUUAUUGCUUUUCAUAACAGCUAAAAGUUAACUGCUGUGGGAUGACUGACAAUGUUAUGGAACGCUGUAGUGCAGCUUGUGUCCGAUAUUUGGCUAAUCACGAGUGCAGUCGACGUUGAUGUAGUGCGUGAUGGCAGGAUGAUUAUAUGUAUGGACAUAAAUUCGAGUCACAUGCUCAUGCUUACAAAUCACUUGAUGUUUAUGCCUUUAGUAUAAUAGAUAUAUGUCAUAAAAAUGUUAUCGGAAUAUACAAACAUUGUGCUGUAAUAAUGCCACAACAUUUCAGUCAGAAUGCUUCUGGUUUAGAGUUAGAACACAUUUUAAAGUCAUUUUACUGUAUAUUUUGAUUUCUGUAAUGCAAUUCGAAUCAUUAAAAAUGGCAACCAUUUGUUCCUAUUGA